AUGAAGGUCAAGUGGACCAAACUAGGCAUGGUCUUCUUUUUGCUGCUGUCUCUUGUCAUGACUGGCUGCUUCAUAUGGCAGUACAGGCUUCCCAAAGCAAAACCAGAGGCUGAAACGAUAAUGCACGAGUUAAAAGAGGAAAAGCUAUGCCCGCGUUUCCCAGAGCCUGCACCACUGGAGCACCCCAUCCCUGUCCUCAUGGAGGCUCUGGAAAAGGUGGAUGCUCUAUUGAGGAACAGCAUUGACACAACAAGACUGCCAGCGAUCUCAGCCAUCGUCAUAUAUAAUGACUCUGUACUGUGGAAUGGAAACUUCGGUAGAAGAAAUGCCAGUGACCCAACGUCUCCUCCACCAAAUGAGUACACAGUUUACAGAAUUGCCAGUCUGUCGAAGAUCUUCCCCACUCUGAUGCUGUAUAAGUUGUGGGAGGACGGCGACAUAAGCUCUCUGGAUGACCCUCUGGGGAAGUAUGUGAAGAAUUUCACCAUAAAGAAUCCUCUUGGGAAAGAGGGGGAUCCAGAGCUGAAGCCUCUCCCAGAUAGACGGGUGUCCAGGAGCAGAGGCGAGAUGCCGGUCCGUGGUCCCUCUGUCACUCUCAGAAGGAUGGCCAGUCAACUGUCAGGGUUACCCAGGCGACUCAGAGGGACCACUCUGCUCUGGAACGGCCAAACUCAGACUGCAGUUGAUUUAUUGCAGGACGAUGUUCUUGUGGCAGACCCGGGAACAAAAUGCCACUACAGUAACCUGGCCUUCUCCCUGCUGGCCCACGUUAUGGCAGAAAAGGUGACAGGAACCGAUUACCAGAGCUGGGUGACCAAAAAUAUCCUCCAGCCAUUAGGCAUGGAGGACACCAGCUUUGACAUCACCUCAGACACAGAGCGCCAGAUGGCAGUGGGAGUUUACUCGAGUGGACAGCCUGCGCCCCUCUACGACCUCGGCUGGUACCGGCCCUCUGGACAGAUGUAUUCCACUGUGGCAGACAUGGCCAAACUGGUGAUGGUUCUGCUGGGUGCAUAUAACCGCAGAAUCCUCCGGGACGACACCCUUAAGACCAUGCUGACACCUCUCUUCCGCUGUGACAGCACCUACUUUGCAAACCAAACGGGCACACCUUGGGAGGUAUAUGACCAGCUGGAGUACCAGAUUAUCCGUAAAGACGGAGAUCUGGACGGCUAUUCCGCCUCCCUCUCUCUUGUGCCACGGCUAAAGCUGGGCUUAGUCAUUUUGAUGGCUGGGACCAAGCCUGCCAACACGGACCUUGUGACCAAGGCCUACAGUUACCUCGUCCCUGCCAUGGAGAGUGCCUUCAGAGACGCACCUCGCGUCCUUAUCCCUCCUCCUGAUUCGGCUCCCUAUGUGGGCUAUUUUACCUACAGUAACAUGACCUUCUAUGAGAUCAAAGCUGGGUCAGAAGGGGUGCUGUCCAUGCAGCAGUUUGGGCCAGAGGUGGAUGCAAUGGUGCCUCUGAAGUACAGGACUUGGAAGUUAAGUUAUUUGGAGGAAAGGGUGUUCCAGGUGGUGUUUGAGAAGGAGUACCCAUGUCAGCUGAAAGUCAAUACCGCUUCUGUUUCAAUGGAGUCUCAGGACAGACAGCUGUUUAACUUUUACAGCUUUAACAAGAAGGGCCUCACACCUGGAUUUGAUGCCCCUGGUCUAAACACGUACAAAGUGAUGCGAAUAGCGAACAAACCUAUUUUCACCAACUAA